GUCAUGUGUUGUUUGUGCUGCGCUCCGUAGUGUACACAGGGCGCGAGCAGCAGAUUGGUAGCCCGCUAGGAGGAUCUACCGAUAAUAGAUCGGGUAAAUGUGGUCAUGUUGCAGUUGCUGGCAUUGAGUUCGAGGAGCAUUGGCUGGGAUACCUGCUUUUCAUGUGGCGGCCGACAGAAGUUCAACACUGAAAAGACUUAAGUGCGCCGCCUGAGACACGGUUCCCCCCAAACAAACAUGGGGUCUCAGUCUAUAAGCCUGAGGUAAAGUGACCUUAAAUCUCCUAUCUGAUGGCAAAUUUCGAGAACUACCAAGAAGGCAAAGCCGCUAUGUUGAUACUGGAAACGCAACAGCGGGCUAUCGGGACUAAACCUGCAGCUGCAACGGCGAACGGCGACACUUCUGUCGGGGAACCCCCUUCCGUACUUGAUGCUGGCGGCGCUACGUUUCAUCAACCGAGUGAACAACAUCCACAGCAGCAACAGCACCUGGAAUCGCCGGCGAGGAAAGCAUCCGCGUCCUCUCUUAACCGGGCGCUUGAGGACUCUGCGGCGAGUAACACGCACACUACUACCUCAGCUUCCCCUGCUGUGAACACCGUGUCAGACGACAUUAGGAAGUGUGGCUAUUUGAGAAAGCAGAAACACGGCCAUAAGAGGUUUUUCGUCUUGCGGGCGUCGAGUCAUCUGGGGCCGAGCAGACUGGAGUACUAUGACAGUGAGAAGAAAUUUCGAAACACUCUGCGCUCAAACGCCGCUAAUGCUGCCGCCGCCGCCGCCUCAGCUGGCGCCUCUCCCCCCAAAAGAGUGAUCUAUCUCUACCAGUGUUUCACUGUGAAUAAAAGGGCGGAUUCCAAGAAUAAACAUCUCAUUGCUUUGUAUACUAAAGAUGAAUACUUUGCGAUUGUCGCUGAGAAUGAGCAGGAGCAGGAGGAGUGGUACCAGGCGCUCAGUGAGCUCAUGAGUGAGGGCAAGAAAGGCCACCUGGACGCGGAUGAGAUUGACGAUGGAUACGGUACUGUGACCCCUGGGACUGACUUUAAGGAAGUGUGGCAGGUAAAUGUUAAACCGAAGGGCUUGGGCCAGACGAAGAAUCUAACCGGCGUGUAUAGGCUCUGUCUGUCUGCCAAGAGCAUUCACCUGGUGAAGUUGAACUCUGAGACGCCUUGCGUGAACUUGCAGCUGAUGAACAUCAGACGCUGCGGCCAUUCAGAGAGCUUCUUUUUCAUUGAGGUCGGCCGGUCUUCGUCUAUAGGGCCUGGGGAGGUUUGGAUGCAGGUGGAUGAUUCUGUGGUGGCUCAGAACAUGCACGAGACCAUUCUAGAGACCAUGAAGGCACUGAAGGCGUUUGCCGAGUUCAGGCCCAGAAGCAAAAGCCAGUCUUCUGGCACCAACCCGAUGGGUUUCAUCACCACACGGCGACACUUGGGCAACCUCCCGCCCAGCCAGACGGGGCUCCAGCGGCGGUCUCGGACUGAAUCUGUGGUGGGCACGCCACCCAGCAGGAAGAGCAGUGGAGCAAGUGGCUACCGAUUCCGCACCUCCAGCGAGGGAGAAAGCACAAUGAACCGCCCCUUUCGUUCUGUGACCGGUAGCCUUAUACAUCUCAACACAGCCCGUGCUAACCUGAGCCGACAGGAAAGUAGCAGUGGGGCAGGGGCCCGCUAUAUUCGUGCCCCGCCAGGCUCCACUUAUCAUGCCCGUUCUGCCUCUCUGCCAGUGUCACACUUUCCUUCUACCACCAGUCCGAUAAGCAUGUCCAGCAGCAGCGGCCACGGCUCUGUUUCAGACACCAUCACUCGCCCCUCCAGCGCGUCCAUUUGUGGAUCCCCGAGCGAUGGAGGUUUCAACUCAUCUGAUGAGUACGGCUCCAGCCCUGGAGACUUCCGGUACUUCAGAGUGCGCAGCAACACCCCUGACUCCCUGGGAAACACACCUCCGAUCCGUGAGGAGCACUGCCUCAAUGACUACAUGGCUAUGGGCUGGAAUCGUGACGUGUUUGGAACGAAUGCAGCUGAGGCCAUCAAAGAUGAGAGUGCGGAUGAAGAUUCACGACAGGGGUCUUUAAGGAGGCGGGCUCCCUCCUUCUCCAGGCAGGUUGGGGGCGCUAGUGCUGCUGGAGUAGCUGUUUAUCAGAAGAUGACCCAGACCACCUUCUCGCUGGACGAGGCUGUGGCUGAGAGUAGCUCUUGGGGUGGCAGUGUCCAGACUGUCUCUACCUCCUCCUCCCUCUGCUCUGACUACAGCUCCAGUUCUGAACACAGCCAAGACCGGCCCCCUAGCCUACGGCCUGCGGACGCGCCUAAGGAUGAUGGGUACAUGCCCAUGAUGGCAGGUGUGCUGCCCUCCACUAGUGAUGCAGACUACAUGCCUAUGCAACCAAAUAUCCUCCUCUCUGCGUCUCCACAAGUCCCAAGUGCUGCUUUACAUGUUCCCCAGCACAUGGACUCUCAAGGCUAUAUGAUGAUGCUCCCAGGUAGAAGUGGAGUUACUGACUCUCCUGUCCCAUCUAGCCCUGUCGUUAGCAGACGAGCAGAGGGACGAAGAGCCUCAGACCGUCAUGAGAAUGCAGAAUACAUGGAUAUGUCUCAGAGCAGCUCCACAGCUAAUGCUCCGAAGGUUUCUGCUGAGAAUUAUUAUGCCUUGACCACUCCUGGUGUCCCCAAGUCCUACAGUCCAUAUUUCUCCCUCCCUCGCUCAUACAAAGCUCCAUCCAGAGACCAGGCUGAGCAUGACGAUUACGUCCCAAUGAGUUCCCCAGCAAAACCCGUCUACAGUUCACCCACAGCCACCCCAGAUCGUAGUAGCAGGUGCCCACCUCCUGAGUCCUCUCAACAUAAUGGCUUCACAGACCGCCGUGCCAUUCGGCCGAACCGCCUGCCCCUGGGAAGACGGAGCUUGCACGUCUCUCUGCGAGCAGGGGAAGUGCCAGUGCGUCCUUCCAGCCCUGGAGAAUACAUUAAUAUUGAAUUUGGGGAUCGGCCCACAUAUUCUGCCUGUUCGUUGUCUGCUGACGGCUCCCCCUCAACCCAUAGCAUUAACCGAGAGCUGCGUAAGUCUCCGCUGCCACAGGAUUACAUGACUGUCGAGAUGGAUGGUCUUCCACCAAAGAGUCGGUCCCCACGGCCCUCUCUGGUGGCCCCCUGGAAUCCUCCUUCAUAUAUCCGGCCCUCCUCAUCCUCCCACUGCAGUGGGCUCAUGGUGGGUAAGCCUGACGACUACACGGAAAUGUCUUUUGAGCCCGAGGAGGAGUCCAAGAGCCCUACAGCCAUGCUUGAGCACCUGUGUGUUCUGGAGCAACACUUUUUCCCCUUCAGCCCCCCUACUGAGCCUAAGGUUGUCCGUGCUGACCCCCAGGGCAGGCGGAGACACAGCUCAGAGACCUUUGUCACAUCAUCAGGAGCAUCAGGUGGAAGUGGCCCGGACACCAAUGGCACCGUGCCUGGCAAUAGUGGGGCUCAGCCGGUGGGCCGCAGCAAGGGUCAGAACUUUGACUGUGUUUGGACUGACGGCGUGACAUCUGGCAGUGAGGCAACACAUGGAAACUCCUCAGAUAGAGACAAUUCCCCCUCUGUGAGGUCUGCAAGGACUCUACCUGUGGAACACCAGAAUGGCCUGAACUACAUCGCCCUAGACCUGAGAGACGAUCUCCGGCCUGGGAACAGUCACGAUGCGCUUCCCUUGCCAUCCUCCAGCGCUCCUCCCCCAGAGAACGGUGCCUAUGCCAGCAUAGAUUUAAUGAAACCUGAGGGGCUUACAUCGGCGUCUAAAGACUAAGGACUGUCCCAUGAAGCUCCUGCAGAGAUGCCGGAAAACAUGAGAGCCCUAGCACACAACCCUGUGGCACAACAAAAGGAUCCCGAGAUUUGUUUUAAUGGACAUCUAUGGUUGUUUUUAUUUGUUCAUGUGCUGUCUCCAGAGCGGAUCCAUGCGUUCUGUCUUGUAUGAGUUCAGUGCUUUAUUGUGAUUUUAUUCGCUGCAUAAAAAGGGAGGUUCAUCUUCUGAAGACACCAUAAUCCAAAAUUCUGGUUUGGGCAGGUGCAUGCUGUUUACAAGCAUCACAUGCAUGUACAAAUUGUAUUUAUUUCCCAGAAAGAUUCAGGUGCAAUUACAGAUUUUAGUGUUUGUUUACUGUUUGCUUAACAGAGAGAGAGAGCAUAUAUUGGUACGGUGCAGACUGCAGAUGGGAUGUGACUGUACAGCAGUAGUGUCUUUUUUACAAAUGUCUGUCUCUGUUAGGUCCUCACUUAAUGUUCCACGCACAUCUACAAUUUUGGACCGUAGAAACCUCCUCCUUUGUACUAUCAACACUGUUCUACAGUAUCUGUGUGUGUCAGGUUAGUCAUGGUGUUUCAGUCUGCUUUACCCCGUGCAGGGCCCCAGGUGUUUCUCGCAGUGCCUUCUUGGCAUGUGGCGCAGCCCAAACAUAGGCUUUUCUUAUCUCUUCCCGUACUAAUUUUUGACCAGCAUCUCCUUCGCUUUGCCAAGAGAGCUGGAGAGAGAGAGGGUAGAAGGAGUGGGGGCUCAGGAAAAGAGGAAGGGUCUAUUCUGGGACACCCCAGAUGAAAUCUGCUGCAGUUUCUAAAAUGCCACUAGGAAGAGCACAGAGUCAGUGAUGUAUAUCAUCUAAAUAAGUCUAAAUUAGUUCUCUGGUUACGUUUUGGUACCCAUAAUAAAUAAAAUCUAAGUGGAGCCCUUCUGCAACUUAUUGGGAACAAACAGCACAAUAUGAAGGUACAAAAGCCCAGUUCUGUCUGUAUAAAUCAUUAUGCAUGCUGUUGGCAAGUUCGAAGGGUAUCCUUCAAUCAACAACAUAAAAAGUCACAACAUUUCAUUAAUAUUUUAUUUAUAAUUAAUUCUAUUUAAUAUUUUAGUAUGACCAAUCAGCUGCUCUUUUGUUCCAUGACUCUCGUCUAUCAGUAUUGCGGUAUGUCCUGCUUUGAUCAGGCUGUUUUUUCAGGAAGUGGAGGUCCAUGGUCCAUAACGGUUUUCUGCAUUUGUUCUGUAGUUUUUUUUUUUUUGUUUUUUUUUUUUGUUUGUUUGGUUUUUCCAAAGGAGUAAUAUGCACACAACUCUGUAGCUUCAGGUUCAUUUGUCUUGGUUACAUGAACAGCCUUCACUUUUAUUUUGUUUUUACAUUUCCCUUUUACUGCGCAUUGUAUUAACAGACAAAAUCAAAUGUGAAACAUUGUGACAGGAAAAAAAAAAGCAAAAAUACUGUAUGGUACAGUCUUCAUUGUUAUGCUGUCAAUGGUACGAAAGUGAACUUUGUUGUCUGGUAAAAGGAUCCAUUCCUCAUGAAGUUACCAAAGUAAGUCUUAACUAGCACAGAUUGGCCAUUACAGCCCAGCUGUGGUUUUGUGAAAAGGUUUACCCAAUGUCCAAAACUGUAUCUAAGACCCAGAUUGUCUCAAUGUGAUAUAAAACAAAAAAUAUAAAAGUACAGAAUAUUUUUUUUGGCUCAUGUUAACAUAGUGUUUGUAGCUGUGAGACUGACCUCUAAGCAUUACAAAUUACAAAUUCUGUCAUACAUAAAAGCUUUAAAUUAGCCAAAUUGUUGAACUCCACAUACAUGUAUUUGAUCAGCUUUUUGCUAAUGUAUAUGAUCGACCUGACUGCUUUUUGCCAUGAUUUUCAUUGAAUUGAACUUGAUUCAAGUGAUUGCAUAGAGUACAGAUGUGCAGUGGUACGGCAUUAAUAUGUUUUUCUUACUCCUGUUUUUAAUAGCUCAGAUGAUGAUUAUUUUUUUUUCUUUUGGAAUGUUUUUUUGAAAGUCAAUUAUUUUAUUUGGCAUCGUUUCAGAAUCAAAAAGAUAAGUUUGUGCAUCCUCUUGCCAGUUUUUGUCACACCCCAGUAUGUUUUGGUACACUUGUGUUCUGUUCGCUAUUGUUUUUGAAGUCUGAGCUUGACAUACAGCAAAGUUCCGGUUUGGAGGUCAGUUCUUCAGAUGAAGGCUGAGAGGAAAUAUGAAAAGGAAAAACUUUUUAUGGAUGUGUCCAUGUGUACAUACUGAUGCUUUGAUUUUUUUUUUUUUUUUUUUCCUGCAGUUGAUUGACAUUUCCUUUCUCCUCUGGUGGGAAAAAGUGAGUGAUGGCAGGCAAAUCAUUUUAGCAUUGCUUAGUGUUUGUAUUUAUCUUUUUUUUUUCUUUUUUUUGCUUUCAAUAGAGCUAUUGCAAUAAAAAAAGUUCCUGUAACAUGUUUCAGUAUCAUUUGUUUUCAUUAUACGUCUGUGAAUGAAUAAGAGCAGACUAAUGUCUUGCUUUUUAUGUCCACUGUUAUUGAACUUUGCUGUUUGCUUCAGAAAACCGAUCCAGUGACCCUUCUUUCUCACUACAACUUCAGUGUAAACAUGACAUGGACAUAUUUGGCACGAUUGCUAGCAGAGACAGGAGAUGUUGCCAUUGUUUGUAAUGAUUUACUAUAACAAGAUGACACAAUAAUAUGAACUUCAAACACUCCCUGUUGUUCAACACAAUAUUUAAAGGCUCCCCUAUGUUCCUCUGCUAUUUCUGCUGUAAUUGAGACACUGCUGAUUUUUAAACGCUUUUUCAGAAUAUUUAAGGUCCUAAUUCUGUAUGUUCUUCAAUAAAAACAAUGGUUAGUGAGGAUAUAAAAGAAAUCUAGAUCUCUGUUUACAUCUUGAUAGUUUUUGUUUUUAGCAAAUAUACAAGUCAUUCUGUGGCCCCCUUAGAAGCAUGCUGAGGCCCUCCAGUGGUUUCUGGCCCCUGGUUGAGAAGCCCUAAUAGAGACCACAAACACUGAGAUUAAAUAAUGGAAGAACAUGUAGAAUGGCAUGGCAUAUACAAAAAAAAACAAAAACAAAAACACCAAAGAUUGCUGCGUUUUCUCGCUAUUGCAAAGUCUUCACACCAGACUUCUGUAUACUUUUUCUCAGACUCACAACAUUCGAUACUGUGACAUUUCCAGCAGGCCAAAUGACAUUUAAAAAUGAAGAGAAACCAUAGCACAUGUAUAUUAAAAACAAAACCUGCUCAGUUAUAGGAAGUGAUCAGACAUAAAAACUGACAAAUAAACUGAAGGACAAUAUCUAUUAAAAGAAAAAAAGUAUAUUGUGAAAAGGGUAACUGUUGCAUGAAGAUUUGCAAGUUUUUCUUCAGUUUAACUUCAGUCUGCAUCUGAUAAAAACAAAAAAACAUGCACACACAUGUAUGCGUCACUGGGUGCAUGCACACACCAUAACCCCCCACCCUCCCCCAGCAUUCUCAUGCCAGUAAGCAGUGUCAGUAAGUAGCUUGGGGAAAUCAAAGCGGAUAACUGACCGUUGCAAGUGAACUUUUCAGGGGGGUCGACUUCUUUCCCAGAAUCUCAGAGCUUAUUUGCCCAUGAGCAUGUAGUAAGACACUUAAACCAGGAAACUAUUAUCUCCUUAGGAGCCUCAAACCACUACAGAAAUCUACUCACAUGUAUAAUACUAUCUAGGGAGUGAUACAGUGACCAAGUCAUGAACUCUUGUUGUUCCUCUAUAAUGAUACCCUUAAUUGAAUUUAAGUAUUUGAAUGUAAGCGUUUUGGCACUGCUUGCUAAUGUACAGAAUCAAUCCCCUAUAUGCUGUCUGACACCUUGCACCUUCACAUUGGUAUCAUUUGAUGUGAAAUAUCAGGUCUAAAUAUCAUAGUUUAACCAAUACUUUGCUGAAGCUUAAAUGACUAUAAAAAAAAAAAAGGGAAAUGUUUAAUUUCUGUUUUAGUGUCCAGGCAGGCUGGCGAGAAGUGGUUGUCUUUGUGAGUCAUUGAAUCA